AUGGCUUUACACUUGACUCAGUCCCAGCGUUUGCAGCUGGUGAUACUGAUUUCCCUGUCGUUCUUCAUUGCAGAGAUCUCUGUCGGAUUCUACACACGUUCUCUUGCCCUCGUCGCAGACGCCUUCCAUUAUUUGAAUGAUCUGAUCGGAUUCGUUGUUGCAUUCACUGCUCUAAAGAUCUCAGCCAAGACAGAUUCACCCCAAGAUCUAUCCUUUGGCUGGCAGCGGUCUCGACUUCUCGGUGCAUUCUUCAACGGUGUCUUCCUUCUCGCACUCGGGAUCAGUAUCUUUCUCCAGUCCAUCGAGCGCUUUGUCUCCAUUCAAGUCGUGGAGCAGCCCAAGCUGGUGCUUAUCAUCGGCUGCGUGGGGCUUGGUCUCAAUCUCAUUAGUGCCUCAUUCCUUCACGAGCACGAUCAUUCACACGGCGAAGUCCUCGGAGGAACGGAACUCCGAACGAAUGCCGAAAGUGGCACAGAGCAGGUUUUCGCCCUACACGACAACCAUCGUCACAACAAUCUCCAACCAUCCCAAAAGGGCUACGACCUUGGCAUGCUCGGGGUCCUGAUUCAUGUGCUGGGUGACGCCGCCAACAAUGUCGGGGUCAUCAUCUCGGCAUUGGUAAUCUGGCUUACCACGGACCCGGCUCGCUACUACGCAGACCCAGCUGUUAGCAUGGCUAUCGCCAUCGUCAUUCUCACAACUUCCGUCCCAUUAGUGCGAAGCGCGGGCAAAAUCCUCCUUGAAAGUGUUCCCAGCGGGAUCAACCUUGACGACAUCAGACAUGAUCUCGAGACGAUCCCGGGCGUCCUCUCUGUCCACGAACUGCACGUUUGGCGACUGAACCAAGAGAAGGCCUUGGCGUCGGUCCAUGUCGCGGUCGCCAAAGAGACCGUGUCCGAGUUCGUCCAGAUCGCCAAGACCAUGAGCGAUUGCUUCCACAGCUAUGGGGUCCACUCGGUGACCGUGCAGCCCGAGCCGGGGUCGGCGGACCCCGUGCCUGCCGCGCCGACGGGGACGGCGGGCUAUCGGGGCGACGCGUCCCAGCUGUGCCAGGUCAAGUGUGGGACUACGUCCUGUGAACUGCUGACGUGCUGUGGCUAA